CAUGUUUGGACUUGAUGGUUUUGGUGGCUCCCAAAGUGGGUUCGCGGUGGACGGAGACAAAACUGGAGUAGUGAUUGUAGAAGAUUGUGUUAUGUCUAGAACAAUUGCUGGCCUGUUAGUGGCCUAUACUAUGCUCUUUUCCAAUUGGUGAAUACCAACCUGAAGCAGACAAAGAGCUCCAGACAGUAAUUCUUAGACUAUUUUUUCUUUCCAUGUUACUAGAACCAUGGAAUGGCUACCAUGGUUGCACUGGCAAAGGAAAGUAGCGACGGCUGACUUACGUACCAUUUGUGGCAUCUGAUGACAUGCCAAAGUGUCGCUUGUGGCUUUGAACACAAUUCUAACAACAAUCGCUCUGACUAGGCCAUAGCUCUUGUGGCUAUUGUCACCGUACUUUCACAAUUGGUGCCAGAAAAUCUCAAACUGUCGUCGAAGUGAGAUUAACAGUAAUGGACAUGAACAAUGAUAGUUUUCAACCGUUGUCCAAGCGCCAGAAGACAUCUGAUGUCGAGAAGAGCGACGAAGACCUUUCAAAUUUAGUUCAUGGUGAUGAGUUUGCUCUUGUAGGCCGAGAACAAGAGCUGGAUGCUCGGCGAAGACGCGCAGACAGAAAACUACGGCUUCACAGUGCUCGGCAAAAAGAAUCAGGUGAAGGAACAGACAGAAACGACGACACGGACAAGGAUUUCUUAUUGCCUGUGAGAUAUGCUCAAAAUGAUCAGCUCCAGGCAACAGCAACUUUAAGCAACAAGGACAUGGAAACAGUUUAUCAGCCGGUCGACAAGGACAAUUUUGACAUGUUUUCCAGCUCUCCGUCUCCGCAGGACAAUAUGGAUUACCAAACGAACUCAGCGACAUCCAAGUCGAAGCGAGGAAAUGAACAAGGGGAUUGGGACGACAGCGAAGGAUAUUACAAAGCUGUAAUUGGUGAAAUUAUUCGUUUAGAACAAACGAUAGACUCCGCUUCUGGCAAUUCCAGCAGAUCAGAGAUAAGCUUCCGAAUUUCAGGAGUUGUUGGGAAAGGGGUCUUCUCCACCGUUCUCAAAUGUACAACUGUAAGCAAUAGUAGCAGUAUCCAGCUUCCUCCUACAGUUGCCUUGAAGUUCAUCCGGCACAACGACACGAUGGCGAAGGCCGCAUUGAACGAGGUGCAAACUUUACAGCGCUUAAAGGGAUGCGACGGUAUUGUUCCAUUGCUGUUACCACUUACAGAAACUCCGAUGGAACACCGAGGACAUGUUGUCUUGGCGUUUUCAUGUAUGGAAUACAAUCUCCGAGACGUGCUUCAGAAAUUCGGGAAAGGUGUCGGUCUUUCACUACAAGCAGUUCGAUCAUAUUUCGGCCAGCUUCUGGCUGCCGCAACGCAUCUAAAGAAGAACAACAUAAUACACGCAGAUUUGAAGCCGGAUAACAUUCUCGUAAGCGCCGAUUUUUCUUUUGUUCAGCUUGCGGAUUUCGGUUCAGCUAUUGAUGCAUCGGAGUCCCAACAAAACCAGCCGACGCCGUACCUGGUAUCACGUUUUUACCGCGCGCCCGAAAUAAUUCUUGGUUUGACUCCGACAUUUGCGGUUGAUUUGUGGAGCUUGUCGGUCACGGCAGCCGAGUUGUUUCUAGGAGAAGUUUUGUUCAAGGGGUCUUCAAACAAUGACAUGCUCUACAGCUUUAUGCAGCACAUGGGGCCAAUUUCCAAUCGCAUUAUCCGUCAGCAUUUGGCAGGAUGCCAGCGCUUUCCAAUUUCGAAACAAUUUUCUCAGGAAGGAGCAAGCUUCCUUUUUAAGCAGCAGACAACAGAUCCCGUGACUGGUCGGCAUGUACACAGGAUGUUGUCGCUUGCAACCUCAAGUAACGGAGGGAGGUUUCCGUCGGCCACUCCUUUACAUCGCGUGUUGUUGAGGGCAAAGUCCACAAAAGACAAUCGCAUUGUGGUCAAUCGAUUUUCAGAUCUUCUAGUGGGAUGCCUCAGUCUGGAUCCGUCCAGAAGGAUGAGUUUAAAAGAAACUUUGCAGCACUCUUUCUUCCAGCUUGAAAACUCGUAA